AAUCUUCUAGCGUACACAAGAGGAGGGAGUGGAAUCGGGAGUUGGGCCGUCCCACCGCGUAGGGCGGUUCAGUCUCGCCGCUGCCAGCCCCGUCUCGGGGGAAGAGCCCCCGGUUGCCUCCCGACCGGCCUCGCCUUUGGUUUUUCCUCCUCUCGGUGCGUUCCUCCCGCCGGUUUUGCCGCACGGAUCCUGCCGGCGCAGCGAUGCUGGGAGCGGCGCUGGCGCUGGCGCUGUGCGCCCUGCAGCUCUGCCCGGGCGCGCUCGGCGGCUCGGCCCCGCGGCUGGCGGUGGAGCGGAGCGGGGCCCGGAGGCUGAGCAAGUUGGGUGGCUUUGCCUGGGAAAACUGCGGUGAUAAGAGGGACCCAGUGGUGCUGAAGAGCCUCUCCGUGGCACCCGACCCCAUCAGCAUCCCGGGGAGCCUGCGCAUCAGCGCGGCCGUCAGCAGCAGCAAGACCAUGGCCUCCCCUCUGAAGGCAGUGCUGGUGGUAGAGAAGGAGCUGGGUGACCUCUGGAUCCAGCUGCCCUGUAUCGACCAGCUGGGCAGCUGCACCUACAACGACGUCUGCACCAUCCUCGACAACCUCAUCCCGCCCGGCACGACCUGCCCAGAGCCCCUGCUCACCUAUGGCAUCCCCUGCCACUGCCCCUUCAAAGCGGGCUCCUACUCCCUGCCAGCCAGCGACUUCAUCCUGCCCGACGUGGAGCUGCCUUCCUGGAUGACCAACGGCAACUACCGCGUUCGGGCGGCCGUCAGCAACGGCGGGGAGGAGCUCGCCUGCAUCAAGCUGGCCUUCUCCCUGCAGUCCCAGUGAGGGGUGGGGGGACCUUCAUCCCCUGUCCCAUCCUAUCCAGUUGCACCCCAGCUUGUCCCACCCCAUCCCUGUGAGGUGCAUCCCUCCUGCUUCCAGGAGGAGGCAGCCCCUGUACCCUAACUCAGUUCCCUCCCCUCCCCUGCUACACACAGAAAGGCCCCUCUGGCUGUCCUGCUGUCCCCAAGCCCAUCACCAGGGUGUCCCCUGCCCUGGACAGGGUGGUCUUGGAGCCUAACCCAAGCCUUUCAGUGUGACCUGGGGGUAGUCUUUUUUUACCUAGUUUCAUUUUUUUUUUUUUUCUCUCAAUCCUAUUGGCAAUUUUAGACAAAAACAUUCCAGGGAAAAGCAAUAUUACUUGGAGCAGUCCAUGGGGAGGAAGGAGUGUUUGGGCAGUGCUGGGGCAGGCUGGAGAGAUGCAGGAUUAGCUGUGGAGGGUGUUGCCACUUGCCCUCACCACCUCUGGCCAGAGCACGGGGCUGUUUUGCAGAAAUGUCCCCGGAGUGGCCACAGGAGACCUGUGCCACUCCCCCCCCAGCAGCUUUGGGUCUGCCUUUGGCACAUCCCUGUCCUGUGUGUGGGACCAGCUUGGUAACACGUGGCACUGGUGAGGGUACCUCUCCAUGUCCCUCCUGCGACAAAUGUCACAAGCACAACAGGACUGAAACCACCCAAACCCCCAACAGAAAUUCCCACUCGUGAGGGACCAAGUGGCUGGUGCUGUUCCCAGGAGAACAUCUCUCCCUGGAGAGAUGGCUGGACCCGGGCUGUGCUCGCUCUGAAGUGGGGGACACACAACACAGCUGUGACGGGCACAGCCUGGCCGAGGAAAAGUCCCACUCAUCUCAUUUUGCCACUGGGACUGAGCCAAAGUGGGACGCUGCGCUGGGACCAGCCUUCCAGUGCACUGGCAGAGGCACCCCUGCAACGUGAAGCAGCAUCCUGGACAUGGACUGGAAGAUGACUGUGAAGACCGGCAGCCUGGGUCCUGUUUGGGGGCCUUGCAGCCCAUCUCCUGGUUGUGGUCGGGGGCUGAGGCAGGGGCAGGCAUCAUCCUUCCUACCUGCAGCUCCGGGGACAGGGCAUGUGACAUUGCCAGCCUAUGCCAGGUCCCCACAGGGCAGAGGUGCAGGUGACCCACCAGCCACCCACAUCCCUGUUUCCCUCUCUGUCCCUGCCUGCUUGCAUUAUUUAGUCUCUCCAUAGGGCUGGUCUUCCUCCAAGCACUUUAUACGCCUUAACUACUGUUGGGCUGCCCUGGUGGGAGGUCCUCUGCCACGCAGAUGUGCUCCCACCGCCUCUUUGUGCCAUCGACUCUUUCCAUUUCAUCCUGCUGCUGGGUCUGACCCGGGUUUGUUUUGCCUGGAGAAGCACUAACACUCUCACCCUGCCACCACGCAGCACCUGUGCCAGGGCAGCAUCCUCCUUUCAGGCAGGUACUGCUGGUUCUUAAUAAAUCUUUUUACCAGGAA